AUGUCUCACACACAAUCCUCUUCUUGCAUUGAAUUCUCACAGCCGUUUAAUCCAAUGAUCAUCUUUUCGGAAUGGUAUUCCCAAGCACAGACCACUCAUCAACAAAUGAUUCAGUUCUUACAGCAAAGCUGUUCAAUCGCAAGAUCCAACACCACACACAGCAAUGGAAUUCCUUCAAUCUUUCAACUUCCUCCCGAUCCUGCAACCAUGACAGUGGCCACUGUGGAUCCACAAACCAUGCAACCCUCCACUCGGAAUGUCUUUUUAAAAUCCUUCCAUGUGGAGAGAGGAGAGUUUAUAUUUUGCACCAAUUUUCAAUCUCGGAAAGCAACAGAAAUGUUGAACAAUGAUGGCAAAAUCGCUCUCAAUUUCUAUUGGAAUUAUGUGUCAAAUGAACAAUCGAAAUCAAUCGACAACAACAAGAGCUCCUCACAUAUUGUGGAUGAAAAACUCGAUUCGAUAGAAGAGUCCGAUGAUGCAGUUAAAAUUUCAUCAUCUUUUUCAUCAUUAUCGGCACAGGAUCAUGUUUCUAUUGCUCUCAAUGGAAGAUCAAGACAAGUAAGAAUCGAAGGAAUUGGUUCCAUAUGUUCCGAAGAAGAAUCGGAUGAAUUUUUCAAUUCGAGGCCUUUAGAGUCGAGAAUUGCUUCGAGUGUAAGCAAGCAGUCACGAGUGAUUGAAAGAGGAAGGAAACAACUCUUGGAAGAAUUUGAAAAAGCUCAACAAGAGGGCGAACAAUAUGCGAAAAGACCUUCUCAUUGGGGUGGAAUAAGAGUGAGAGCACACUCGAUUGAAUUUUGGGAGAGUGGGAAUCAUCGUUUGGCACACCGAGUGAAAUAUUAUCGAAAAGGAACAACCCUUCAACAACAACACACAGAACUGUCUUCAGAGCAUGGUCGUGUAACCUCAGAAGCAAGUAUUGUUGCCGCCGUACACGAAUCAUCACUUGUGUUACAAGACGAACAUGAAUGGAUCUUGGAGCCUCAAAUAUUGUAUCCUUGA